AUGCCCCUUGGCCAGGGCGCCGGCGCCGUCACCAUUCUCGUCGGCCGCCCUCUCGGUGCCCUCCUCAAGGGCCGCGGGCGACCGCGCGGCACGGUGCCGCAAUGGUCGGGGCCAUGUCGCUCUCAGCUCCUGUCCGCCGCCACAGGGGGCCAAUGGCCCCAGGUCCGCAUUUCCAAGCUGCGGAACGCUGAUGCCGCUGCCGGCAAGGCAUGCCAACUCUGUGGCGUCACGCCCGGCACCCUUAUGCAUCGUCGGGUUUGCGAGGCCUCGCUCCCUCCGGAUGGGUGGCCAGAGCCGCCGGAGGCAUGCCAGCGCUUGCUCUCCGUGCCCCCAGAGGCCCGGCUGACGUUCCUUCGCACUCGCGGGCUUCUCGCACUUCGGCUGCCACGCCCUGUGCCGCAGGAGGAGGCGGCCGUCCGCUGGUUCACGGACCCUCCGGACGCCACUCGCGCCGACUUGUGCUGGCACGCGGAUGGCUCCAUGAAGUUUGGGCCUGUUUGGGAGCUCCGGCGCGCUGGAUGCGCGCUCGUGGUCGUGUCCGAGAACGGGGACCUCGCGGCGUACGGCUGCGCCGUGCCUCCGCCCUGGAUCCGCGCGGCGGCGGCGGCAGAGCUCUGGGCAGUCAUGCUCGUGCUUACCAUUGCCCUCAGGCCGCCGACCAUUCGCACCGACUGCCGGGCGCUCCUCACGGCGGCUGCUGCUGGAACGGCGCAGGCCACACAACCCACACGGAUGCUUGCGCAGGUGUGGUCUCGAGUGCCCACCCUCGUCGACGGUGGCAUCUCGGAAUUGGUCUCUGCAGGCAAACUUACGUGGAUGCCUGCUCAUGGCAACCAGACCGUCAUUGGCACGGCCAUGAGGUCUGACGAGCACGUUGUCACGGCGAUUGACUGGAGAGCAAAUCGCCUGGCAGAUGUCCUUGCCAAGGCUGCUGCCGGCGGCCCGCCGCCCUGCGGCCCAGCUUCGGCGCUGUUUGCCAUCGCAGAAAGGCUCGUCGCGCACGAGGCCGCUGUGUUGGGGGCCGUCACAUGCGCUGCAAAUCACCACGAGCGCAUCCUGUACGUGCGGACCCGGAGGCGCCCUCAAGCGGCGCCGCCGGCGGCACUGGCGCAGCCGCCGGCGCUGGUCGGGCACGUGCUGGCCGGCCUGCGCGCGGCUCGCGCGCCCGCGGCCCGGCCCCGCGCUGCGCUGGGGGCCCGGGGCAAAGAGCGCGCCGCCGCGGCGCGCGCGGCGUCCGCCGGCCGCGCUGCUGCGGACGCGGCUGCCACGCAGGCCAUCUGCGCGGCGCGGGCCGCUGCCCUGCGGCCGUCGUCGGCACCGCCGGCUGCCGAGCGGCUGGCCGCGCUCCGGGCGAGGGUCCUUGCUCGCGUAGGCUGCGGGUAG